GGAUGGAUUCGAAAUGUCUGGUCUUCAAACAUUAAUGCUCAGACCAUGAACUACGUCGGGCAGCUGGCGGGCCAAGUGUUCGUCACUGUGAAGGAGCUCUACAAGGGGCUGAACCCCGCCACCCUAUCGGGAUGCAUCGACAUCAUUGUGGUCCGCCAGCCCAAUGGGAGCCUGCAGUGUUCCCCUUUCCACGUGCGCUUCGGGAAGAUGGGGGUCUUGCGCUCCCGGGAGAAGGUGGUUGACAUAGAAAUCAACGGGGAAUCUGUGGAUUUGCACAUGAAACUGGGAGAUAAUGGAGAAGCAUUUUUUGUUCAAGAGACUGAUAAUGAUCAGGAGGUGAUCCCCAUGUACUUGGCCACCUCCCCGAUCCUGUCGGAAGGAGCCUCGAGGAUGGAGUCCCAGCUGAAGAGGAACUCCGCAGAUCGGAUAAGAGGCCUGGAUGCCAACACGUCAGCCCAGGUCUCCCCUCCCAGUGAGACCCCAUCGAGUGGCUCUUUAGUGAAGAAGCGCAGGAAGAGGAGGAGGAAGUCACAGCUGGACAGCCUGAAAAGGGACGAGAACAUGAAUACGUCCGAGGAUGAAGACAUGUUCCCCAUAGAGAUGAGCUCGGACGAGGAGGCCGAGCCGCUGGACAGCAGUAGAAUUCUUCCUGAUGAUAUACCUCCAUUCCAAGAAGAUGUCCCUAAAGAGAGCCAUUCCCCUGUCAUGACUUACCCUCAGUCAGCCUCUUACCCUAAUUCCGACAGAGAGUGGUCACCCAACGCCAGCCUGGUAGAUUGCAGGAGGCCCCCCCCUCAUCUGGCAGUUGCGGCCGAGGGCGGUCUUUCUAGCUCUUGCCCUCCACAGUCUUCCCACUUCCACGCUUCGGAAAGUCCUUCAGUUUCCCGACCCUCAACACCUAAAAGUGAUUCAGAACUGGUCAGCAAAUCUGCGGAUAGGACAAUUCAGAAGAAUAAUCUAGAAAUGCUCUGGCUCUGGGGAGAACUGCCCCAAGCCACAAAGUCCUCGCCACACAAGAUGAAAGAGUCCAGCCCGUUGAACAGCAGGAAAAUCUGUGAUAAAAUGCACUUCCAAGCCAUCCACAGUGAAUCUUCAGAUGCGUUCAGUGACCAGUCGCCAACACUGGUCAGGGCAUCUCCGGUGCAGCCACUGCUGGAGCAGAACAAGCCGCAGACAGAGAUACAGUUUGUGAACGAAGAGGACGUUGAGGCCUUGGGAGCAGCGGCCCCACCUUUACCCAUGAUCGAGGAGCCCAAAGCCCCUUCUGCCAACACUGCCCCAGUAGCUGCAAGCAAGACAGACUCACCUUCCAGGAAAAAGGACAAACGAAGCCGACACCUGGGGGCUGACGGCGUCUACUUAGAUGACCUCACAGACAUGGAUCCCGAAGUUGCCGCCCUGUAUUUCCCCAAAAACGGAGACCCUUCUGGGCUCACGAAACCCACCAGCGACAACGGAGCCCGCUCCGCCAACCAGUCCCCUCAGUCCGUGGGCAGCUCUGGCGUCGAUAGCGGCGUGGAGAGCACGUCGGACGGCCUGAGGGACCUGCCGUCCAUCGCCAUCUCCCUGUGCGGGGGCCUCAGCGACAACCGGGAGAUCACCAAAGAUGCAUUUUUGGAACAGGCUGUGUCAUAUCAGCAGUUUGCGGACAACCCUGCUCUCAUUGAUGACCCCAAUCUCGUGGUGAAGAUCGGAAAUAAAUACUAUAACUGGACCACAGCGGCGCCUCUGCUCCUGGCCAUGCAGGCCUUCCAGAAACCAUUGCCAAAGGCCACGGUGGAGUCUAUCAUGAGGGAUAAGAUGCCCAGAAAGGGAGGAAGAUGGUGGUUUUCAUGGAGGGGAAGAAACACCACAAUCAAAGAGGAAAGUAAGCCAGAGCAGUGCCUGGCGGGAAAGAGCCACAGCACCGGGGAGCAGCCGUCACAGCUGGGCAUGGCCACCAGAAUAAAGCAUGAGUCAUCCUCUAGUGAUGAGGAGCAUGCAGCCGCCAAGCCAUCCAGCACAAGCCACCUCCCCCUGUUGUCCAGCGUCAGCUACAAGAAGACCCUGCGCCUCACGUCAGAGCAGCUGAAAAGCCUGAAGCUGAAGAACGGCCCGAACGACGUGGUGUUCAGUGUCACCACGCAGUACCAGGGCACGUGCCGCUGCGAGGGCACCAUCUACUUGUGGAACUGGGACGACAAGGUGGUCAUCUCUGACAUUGAUGGGACCAUCACUAGAUCAGAUACUCUCGGGCACAUUUUGCCCACCCUGGGGAAGGAUUGGACCCACCAGGGCAUCGCCAAGCUGUACCAUAAAGUGAGCCAAAAUGGGUACAAGUUUCUGUACUGCUCGGCGCGGGCCAUCGGCAUGGCAGACAUGACGCGGGGCUACCUGCACUGGGUCAACGAGCGCGGCACGGUGCUGCCCCAGGGCCCGCUGCUGCUCAGCCCGAGCAGCCUCUUCUCCGCCCUGCACAGGGAAGUGAUCGAAAAGAAGCCAGAGAAGUUUAAAGUCCAGUGUUUGACAGACAUCAAAAACCUGUUUUUCCCAAACACAGAACCCUUCUAUGCUGCUUUUGGAAACCGACCAGCUGAUGUGUACUCGUACAAGCAAGUGGGAGUGUCUCUGAACAGGAUAUUCACGGUGAACCCCAAAGGAGAGCUCGUGCAGGAACAUGCCAAGACCAACAUCUCCUCGUACGUGAGACUCUGCGAAGUCGUCGACCACGUCUUCCCCUUGCUGAAAGGAGCCACUCUUCUGACUUCCCCUGCUCGGACACCUUCAGUAACUUCACCUUUUGGAGAGAGCCACCGCCACCCUUUGAAAACCAGGAUGUUCAUUCUGCAUCAGCCUAGAAGGUUCCCGGCCACCCCCUCCUGACAUCCCGUGAAAACUGGGCAAUCCCAUUAAAGGAUAGGUUUGGGGACGUGCAGUCAUUUGCUUAAGAGCAGAGAGGAUCGAGGAGGGGGUUUCCCCUCCCUGCCCCAACUCUGGGGUUGUCAUUUCUAAGUAACAUGCGAAGGGUGUCUGUCUCUGGGGGGGCAUCGGCUGACCCCCUGGUGUGGAGGCCGUGCCCUGCUGCCCUCUGCAGCCCAGUCCAGGCUGGGAGUGGUUAGUGUGCAAGAUGGGUUGUGAACCCCGGGGGUCCUUGGGAUGACGAGAUCCAGGGAGGGGCGCCAUGUGUGCAGGACUUCCGGGAGAGUGGGGGACACAUUGCCACGUGGUGGUUUGUGCCAUGGCUGCUGCACGCUGCAGGAGGGCUGUGCAGGGUCCUGUGAACUGGAUCUGAGGUCUCGGGAGGGACUCCAGACCUCCCUUUGCUGGGCCUUGACCUUGCGGAUGUCCCUUUGCGAUGUUUGCUGACUGGUCAAAUGUUUGGCUAAGUUCUCUCAUUCCUCCAGUUAAAGCUAACUUAUAUAAACUGGCACAUUUCCCCCCAUUUUUUUGCGGCAUGAGGCUGGAAUGUUUAUGCCUUAACGCAUCCGUGGCAGACAUUUUAUGUAGAAUGUGCUUUGGCUAGCUCCCUGUGACUCUGCAAUGCCUUAAGUUCAGAUUAUAGGAAAUAACUAUCAAGGCAGUAUUUCGAAUUAGUUCGACACUCUGCCAGCAACCUAGCCUGCAAGGUGCUGCUGAAAAUGGGGGCUCGAACAGAGCUUAUGCCAAAUGGUGAUGGUGUCACUUUCUUUCUUGAGCUCUCAACAGAAACUGGUUGGUUUUAGGAAAAGCAGUUUGUAAAAGUUAAAUUAUAUAUUCUUUGUAGAUAGUGUUAUUUAUUACUUUACUCUGGGGUUACUGUUAAUAAGCAUUUUAGCCAUAAUCUAUUAUAACUGUCAGUAAUACAUUAAAAAGAUAUAUGUGUUAGAUCAUCCAAAGAGCCUUAUUCUGUAAUCCUCACCACGCUGACUUUCUUUUGGAAUUUAUGAGUAAUACUUUUUAUUUCCCUUCGUUUUUCUCACUCAGAUUAAGGGCAAGUGGGUCAGCAAUUAUUUGAAUGACAUUCUUCAGGCUGGUAGAAGAUGAUCUUUUACUUGUUUAUUAAAUUGGCUCCUGGAGAGAAUAAUUUGAAAAGUGAAAAAAUUAUUUUGGUGAAAGAUUUUGCUUUACUUUUUGAGCUAUUAUUUUUUUUAAAGAGUGUUUUACUCCAUUGAUUGAAAUGCUCUUCUAUUUAAAUUGCAUGGUUAGAGUCAUAGGAGGCAAACAGUGAAACAGCUGAGGCAAUUCUACUCUUUCUAUGAAAGAAAAUCCUUUCUUGUAAUUGGUGGGCUUUGCUGCAAUGGAUGCCCUCCUGAGUGGUCCAUGUGGCCACACAGGAAACACCAACGCCUGUGCGUAGCUAAUCGCAGAUUUGCACGGAAGCAUGAUCCACAUGUGGAGAUCCCUUUUUUGGAGGCAUUAAAAACAAUUUAAAAUAAUCCUGCCUUACCUUGGGCUUGCUCAUUAGUGACGUUCGGAGGCUGCACUCAUUCUUUCUGUCUCAAGGGUAUUUUGGGGUGAAUUUUAACUGCUCUGAACCGAGUAUCAGCUCACAGGUCUGCAGAGGCUGGCCCAGUUUCUCCCUUGCCCUGGGAGGAAUUUGGCCUUGGCCCUGGGUCACCUGUCCCUCGUGGUGAGUGCCCUUCAUCAGGAUGACCAGCUGCUGAGAGCAUGCAACUUGGAUGUACCCUAAGCUUCCACACCACUGCCCUCUGAAACAGAGCGCACCUUCCAGAAAGUUACAACGUCAGGUUUGUGUCAAAAUCAGAGCGUGAUAACCCCGGAGAGGCUGUAACUUUCAUAUCUACCUUGUGGGCUUUUGAAAAUCAGAUUUGUGCCUGGGAAGCACUCACUUGCAUGCGUGCGCUGGUUUAAUCAAUGUUCACACACCCAGAACUCUGUGACCCCAUGGCCAUGGGCUAGGAUGCUGUGUUUGGACCACACAUUUCAAAGCUGCCCAAUGGAAACGAAUCCCUCCAUAGUGACAGGUCAUCAAACGUUCAUCACACGUGAUGGAGAAAAAUGUACAUCCCGGAUACACUGGGGAAAAUGAUGAUAACUUCAAAGAGAAUUCCCUUUUCCAUUUUAGGUUUGGGAUCGCCAUUUUAAAUAUAUUUUAUUUACAACACUUGAUCUGUAUUUGUAUAUGCUGGUACAAUGAUAAAAAAAAUCAUUGUAAUCCUUGAUUGCAUUGUCCUGGAUGCAGAGCUAGUAUAUAUUGUAAUAAAUGAGACCAAUGAAAGACUUCCCUGAAAGCCAGGUGUGUGAAUUUUAGUUUUUGAUAAGUUAUUAAGUUAUUGAUUUCCUGUUGUGUGAUAUCAAGCAUACUAUUUUAUUUUCUACUUAAAAAGCAAAAACCUUAAAGCUUUGAACUGUUCAAUAUUGCAAUAAAAAAAGCCCACCUUUUCUGAUGCCUUUGGUGAAAUCCUGACCCUCUGUGUACACUUGGGAGGGAAAGAGGGUGAAGACAAGAGAGGGCUGGGCUCCCCCCGACCCCGACCCCCUAAGGGCAGGGACUCAUCCCACCUUGAAGGGAGUAACUUAGAAGCAGGGAGAAUUGUGCUAGAUGCUGUAUGUGAGGUAUCUCCCAGGACUCGGCCCAUAAUCGAAGUUUAACGUGUGGCUCUUGCGCAGGCGGGCUGUGUUCUGUGCUCUCGUAUGGGACGUCAGUCAGGUGCAGCCCCAGGAAAGCUCAGGAGAACCAAGCUUAUUACACUUCCAGCUUCUCAGAGUGGGAGGCCACAUGGGAAAACCCCCAGGGUGGUCAGGAGGCAGAAGAGUGAGGGGAGAGCCGAGAACACAGCCUUUAUUGGGGUCUCUGCCCCAAAGGCAGGGCCAGGGGAGCUGCUGAGGACUGCCGGACGUGGCUCAUUUCAGUGGCCUCUAAGCUGUAGGCGUGGCCUUCGGUUGCCUGGUGCCAGGCCCUGGGCUGAUGAGGGCCGAGGACUAGUGCCAACGCUGGUGUAGCAGUGGUGCCAGCCGGACAGAGGAGGCCUGCUCCGGGUCUCGGCAUCAUCUAGUUUGCAUUCCACAGGCAUGCUCUAGCCUGGCCCUCUGCUAUCUCUAAAAAAAUGCCUGGCCAGUCUCUCCUAGCCAGAAAGUUGUUUAGAUCUGUUCACGUGAAACUAUCAUAGCACUGCUAAUCGGCUUUGAACAGUCGAAGUGUUAGUAGCUCAGUCGUGUUCGACUCUUUGCAACCCCAUGGACUGUACCCCCCAGGCUGCUCCUCCAAGAAUACAGGGGUGGGUAGCCAUUCCCUUCUCCAGGGAAUCUUCCUGAUCCAGGAAUCAAACCCAGGUCUCCUGAAUUGCAGGCAGAUUCUUCUUUACCGUUUGAACCACUAGGGAAGCCCUAAUUGGCUAUACUCUAAUAUAAAGUUAAAAGGUUUUUAAAAAGUCACUAAGCGGCAUGAUAUACAUAAAGUAAAAGUAGAGACAGUACAGGUAUCCUUGCCUCAGGUCUACUGUCCACAGUUUUUGGACUUUUUGAACAAAUCAAAACCCUUGACGAGUUCACCCAGAUAACUUGAAAACGGUCAAAAUUCCUACUGAUUUUGCAUAUUGUUGACAUGCCCGGGACAUCCUAUCAGUUUACCUGCAUCAGCCUAAAUGUUUUUGGAAUAAAUGCAAGAAUAUUGGCCCCAAAGAUGGCCACCCAGGGUACCAGGUUAUUUCCUUGUGAAGCCCAGAUCCAAGCAGUUCAUCUGUAGAAUUUAUGCCUGUGCAUCUUAAAAACAAACUGUCAUUUAGCUGAACAUCACAGAUUUAGUCCUACCCUGAAUUCAAAUGGUAUGUGCUUUUCUGGAAUGUGAAUGUUAACUGCAGUCUUGAGCCUGUCCCCACUCCUCUGUGGAACCACUAGGCUAUGCUAUUUCCAUUCAGUUGUGCAGACGGCCCUCACACGUGCAAGGGAAAACCAGUUCGGCAGCUUGCAUUUCCUGAUAUCUCAGCUGUAAUCACCUGAAUAUUUAAAAUACUUCCUACCUUGGUUUUCAAACCCUGACUCACCCCACCAGAUGCACCAGCCCUUUGAGCAGAUGUUGAGCAACACUGACAACCAGCCAGUGACCACUGGGCCUCAGAGUGACCUUUCCUAUAAAACGUAACACAGGCAGCCCUCAUACAAUCCUAAGACAGAAGAAAAGGCGUGGAGGGAGAUAACACAGCAUUAUUAAAAUUAAACCCUGGAACCUGACUUCCUCCUUCCAACAGGAGUGUCGUCACCAGCUGUUCAGGGAGCUUUGUCACAUCAGCCAUCAUUUCGUAUUCAUCUGCCUCCUUUUGAAACGGCACAAAGCACUGCCCUGUUUCUACAGAGCUGGGGGUCAUGGGGGGCGGAUCCUGGCUCUACCCGACAUCUAUGGGCUUCUCUGGUGGCACUAGUGGUAAAGAACCCGCCUGCCAAUGCAGGAGACAUAAGAGACGUGGGUUCGAUUCCUGGGUUGGGAAGAUCCCCUGUGGGGAGCGGGGACAUGGCAACCCACUCCGGUAUUCUUGCCUGGAGAACCCUGUGGACCGAGGAGCUCUCCAGGCUCUAAAAAGAGUCAGACACACUGAAGCGACUGAGCAUGCAUGCACAUGCCAUUUUACUUUAAUCCAGCCGGGUCAGGGCCACAGGAGUUGCUGAGAGAGGACCUCUGGAAAUCCAAUACAGCGGCUCGCCAGAGCCACAAGGUAUCCUGAGCCUUCGAUGCAUAGCCUCUAGCCUCAGCCACCUUCCUGGGCAUUCAUUGCCGUGUCUGCUGGUCCCAGCUGGGAGGAGGCAGUGCCCUCGACCAGGCUGGGCAGCCAGAGUGUGUGUGAACCAGCAGCCGUGGGCUGGGCCCAGAUUUCUGAUGGCUCCCUCCCCCAGCUUGUUGGAGCUUUGAGGUGCUGUCCUGACGCCAGGGAUCUUUUCACUGGUGCAGGAAGUCCAUUCAGGCCUGCAUUGCCUUUAAUGAGUUUUGCAAGCAAGUAGCCUCUUCCGGUGACUCAUUCUGCCUUUUGUGAACCGGAGAUGGUGGUUUUAGGUUUCACUUUGGAAAGUAACCGCGACUUCUGCAGCUUUCUCCCACUGCUGGAAUCCGAACAAGUUACAUUCAUUUUGCAACAAAGAAAUGUAAAUGUAGGAGCGCCAGUCAUAUUUCUGCUCUGAUUGUAAAAACAUCCUUUUCCGAGAUGGAUGACAGCGCCAAGCUAAGGAGAAAUGGUUUAUAUUUUCAAGGAACACAUUCAUUUGGGAACUUUAUAUUUUUCCUUCCAGAGUGACCUGAUAGUUUCACUUUUAUUCUUUUGUCUUCUUGAUUCAUACCUCCGGGAUAUCCGAAAAAUAAACAGUGCCUGUUGAUUGAGUGAGGCGGUUAACCUCUGAUUUAUUGAAGGAGAUUUAGUUCUGGACAAAAGUUCGUGUUCUUGCUUUCAUGCGGCUCACAAAGAAUGAUAAAGGAGAUAAUUUCUUAUGCAGUAAAAUUGUUUUCAUCUGGGCUUUCUGCAGAAGUCAGUUUAUGAUACCUAAAAUAGGUGAGCUUCUUAGGAUUAGAGAGUGUAUGCUCAGUGGAUCAGUGCUACAUAGCAUCUUUUCCCCCAAUUCAAAUAAUACAGUGAUUCUCAAAAUGUUGACCUAAAUUGUUUUUGUAUAAUUUUAUUGAAAUAUGCGUCAACAGAAAGCACUAGUCCUUGUUUGUUGUUGAGUCGCUAAGUUGUGUCCGACCCUGUGGACUGUAGCCUGCCAGUCUCCUCUGUCCAUGGGAUUUACCAGGUAAGAACACUGGAGUGGGUUGCCAUUUUUUCAAAAUGUUGAACAAAAUUGUUUUUAUAUAAUUUUAUUUAAAUAUGCAUCAACAGAAAGCAAUAGUCCUUAUAAUAAAACCAAAAUGCAUUUAAAAUUAUAGCAUCAGUGAAAUUCAAAUAAACCUGAAUGUUAUGUGGUAGAAAAUGAUGUAUUAAAGCCAGUAAGAUGAUGCUCACUUUGGGGUUGAUAAUAGAGGCAUCCAUGCUUUAUGUUUCAUUUGUCAACUUUAUUCUUUCAAUUUUUGAGCACGGGCGGCGGGGGGAUGGGGGGGUCAUCAUUUAAAUGAUCAUUAGCACUGACCUACAAAUCAGUGAUUAAAAAGUUCUUAUCACCCAUUUCCAUCUACACUGACGGCUAACAAGCUGUUGCGGAUUCUCCCAACAGGGUGGGGUCCCCUCAGUGAGUUGUCUGAUGGGACAAGCCUGCCACAGACUUGGAAAUGGGACUUUGGUGUUUAGCCAGAGAUUGCACCAUGGAGACUCCAUGGCCCUAGUCUGUGUUUGAUGUGCCGUCAAACCUCCUUUUGGACAUUGUGUGACAUCGUUUGGGACUCAAGGCAUCAGCACACUUGGAGGUUGGGUCUGGAAUGCCCAUCACCCUUCUGUCUUCCAGGAUUCUGACUGAUGGAGUACAGCUGAAUCCAAUGGACACUCAUGGGUCAGUUUUCUUCCCCAAAGUGACUGAAAUUAUGGAAGUUGCCUGAAGUCACAUUGGGACAUUUAAAUACCUCUUUUCAUCCCCUGAACUGGAAAAUUCCCCCCAUCUCUGGCUCCAUGGAGGACAGAGCCUGCCUCCCGCUUUUGAUUCCAGCUGGCCUGCACCCCUAUCAUGUGGCAGACACCCAGCCAUCCCACCCGCCAGAUGGAGCAGAGAGGACAGGUCCUGCUGGCAGCUGCUUCCCUCAUACUCCCUCCCGCUGCAUCCCUCUAACAAGGUGGAGGGUCCAAAGGCUAAACUCUCACCUGUGCGCUUUAAGGGAGGCAGGUGGGCAAUUCUGUUACUAGGGAGCCAAAGCUGUUAUGAAACUUUGAAGGAUGAGUUGGCUUGCUUUGAGGGCUUCCCUGGUGGCUCAGAGGAUAAAGCGUCUGCCUGCAAUGCAGGAGACCCAGGUUCAAUCCCUGGGUUGGGAAGAUCCCCUGGAAAAGGAAAUGGCAACCCACUCCAGUAUUCUUGCCUGGAGAAUCCCAUGGACAGAGGAGCCUGGCGGGCUACAGUCCAUGGGGUCGCAAAGAGUCGGACACGACUGAGCGACUUCACUUUGGCUUGCUUUGAGAGGAAGUUGUCAUGUGACCAGGUAAAGCACCUUUGCAUGGAUUCGGGGGGUGCUGGGAUGGCUUUCCUGGGGACUGGGGAGCCGGCCCUGACACCUCCCCUUCCCACAAGCACUUCCUGUUGCAGGAACUGGGGUGGGGGAGCCAAGCAGCCCACAGAUCCCCAAAGCCUGUCCCAGUUCACACAGCUUCUGGAGAAAAGACGGGAGGGAUCUAACCUUGACAUCCAGAGAUGAAUGGGACCUUGGCGUCUUUCUCACCUGAGUUCCUAGCUCCUCAUCCCUGCAAUACUCAGCUGAUGAGAAAGCUCCAGACUUGGGUGCCUGAGAUACCCCCGACAUGCUCUGGGGGUAGGGUGGGGAGAGAGGACAAUGGACUUGACUUGGGGCUCAGAGAUGGCUUGGCUUUUUCUCCCAGCCGAACAGCCAUACCUGCAAUCAGCAUUCUUUUACCACAGCGUAAAACCAUCAACUAAUGUACAAAAAUUGAAAAUUGAAACUGAGGGACUUCCCUGGUGGUCCAGUGAUUAUGAUUCCAUGCAGUUUCCACCUCAGGGGGCAUGGGUUUGGUCCUUGGUUGAAGAACUAAGAUCCUGCCUCCUGCACUGCAUGGUCAAAAAAAAAAAAAAAAAAAACUUGGACACAAGAAAUAAUUUAGGGCUGU